CCUUAACCUUAAUUCUACAUUGAGGAUUUAAACAUAUAGCUCAAGUAAAGUCAGAUUCUCUACCACAAGAAAGGGAAGGUACUGAUGUCUGGAUCCAACAGACAACUUAGCCAAAUUCUUCUGAUAGGCAGGGAACUGACGGGCUCAAUGGGCCCUUUUUUGGAUCCUGGCACCAGGUUGGGUCUGCAAGGUGGUCCUAGGUGAGCUUCUUUGGAAUCCUGCCGCACUAUGCCAAGUAAAUGUCAAGAUAAGAAGCAUUCAAACCUGUGCAGGAUUUUUGUGAGUUUAUUGGAGCCAAACUGUCAACAAUUGCUGGGAAGCAAAAGCUCAAUGGAUUGAAAUAAUGCUCUAGAAAAUGGCAGUUUUGCACCUUACUUUAUACAUUACAAUCAAAAGUGGAGAUGUAUGUGGGUCCCAUGAACUACACAGAUAAUAGAUUAGGGAUGCGGGAGAAAGCAAAGCAAGGAAAUCUCUGGGAAUGGAUAAAAAGUAAAAUGAUAGACACUUCUUUUAUGCAGGUGGAUGUAGGAUAGUUAGCGGUCAGCAAUGAACUCAAGAACAAUGAGCAGAUUUGUGGUCUCUGCAGAGCACAGAGCAGUGCCUGUGCUUUGAGGGGUCUGGAAAAAGGAAAAUCCCUUUGACAUCCCAAAGAUAUGUUACAGUAGAUGCCAAAAGACAAUAGAAAGGCUCCUUUAAGGUAAAGAUUGACUUUGUCAGGGAAGAUUCUGGCCUAACACAAGACUACACACCAUAAACCUCUCUUAGUUAACAAGUUUUAAUUUCAGGCCAAACUUUGUAAUUUAGUUAGUUUAGGUUUCUGAGUUUGAAAGGCCGCCAUGCAGGCCUUACCUGAGCAUCACAGGUGGGCGUGUGACCCCCUUUUCAUCCACACUCUCCUUCAGUCACUCGUGUCCCACCUCUUGCCACCCAUCAUGUCCCUCCUCUGUCCCACCAUAGGGGGAGAGACCAUCAAAGGCCUAUAUGCUGCAAGCAGCUGAAGCUUCCUCACCACCUGCAGGCCUGGCUGGCACACCCACCGUGCUCAACACGCCAGUGCCCAUGAACCUCUUCUCUACCUGUGAGGUGGACUGCUUCAGCCCCAGCUGCAUGCCCAGGUUGUGCAGCCUGACUGUAAAGAAGCUUGUGGUCUUGAAGGAGCUGGAGAAGGAGCUCAUCUCCAUGGUGAUAGCAGUGAAAAUGCAGGGCUCCAAGGGCAUCCUGAGGUCCCAUGAGAUUGUGUUGCCCUCCAGCGGGCAAGUGGAGAGCGACCUGGCGCUGACAUUCCUCCUGCAGUACCCACACUUCCUCAAGAGAGAAGGCAACAAGCUACAGAUCAUGCUGCAGCAGAGGACGUGCUAUAAUAACCGGAUCAUCCUGGGCUACAAGACACUGGCCACAGGCGCCAUCCACAUGGCCGAGGUAAAGCAGCGACUCCCCCCCCCCCCCCCCCCCCCCCCCAAGGGUGGCCAAAUGCUGAAUCUCUGCAGCAGCUUCAAGGAGGUCUCCACCAAGGUGGCUGAGAUCUGGAUCUUCUCCCUGUCCAGUCAGCCCAUCGACCAUGAGGACAGCUCCAUGCAGGCCAGCUCCAAGGCCAAGUCCAUGGAUAGUUACACUGAGGGGGGGUCUGAGAGCUUCUCCUCUGAGAUGGAGACCAGCUACAAUGCCAUGCACAGGCAGGACAUGAAUGAGCAUGACUUUGAGCUGGGGCAGCCCGAGAGGCAGCAGCGAUCCAUGCAAUGAAACUUGAAGCAGAAAGUCAUGGGGCUGCUUCCCAGAUCCAGUGUCUCAGAGGAGGUCCUGGACUCGAAUCAGGACCCUACGGAGCAUGUCCCAGAGGUGGAGGACCUGGACCUUUCGUAUGACAGCCUUGAGAAUCCCAGUGACAGUGGCCAAGACAUGGAGGACGAUGACAGCAUCCUCAGCCCCCACAAGACCAAGCUCAGGCCAUACUUCGAAGGCCUGCCACACUCAAGCUGGCAGACAGAGAGGAGGACCAUCCUCAGUACUUGGAGCCAGAAGGAGCCUCCGAGUCUGGUCAACAUGCUUGUGAAGACCCAGGGUCUGGGUAGCAAACAGCUGAGUGACAGUGUCUCCGACUUGGUGGCCUACAGCACACCCACCAUCAAGGUGAACAAGAUCUGGAUCUUCUCCCUGUCCAGCCAGCCCAUCAAUCACCAGGACAGCACCAUGCAGGCCAGCCCCAAGGUGGAGUCCACGGAUAGCUUCUCCGAGGGAGAGUCUGAGAUCGUCUUCUCUGACCUGGAGGCCAGCUACAAUGCCAUCCGCAGGCAUGAUCUGGACGAGGAUGACUUGGACCUGGAGGACCUGAUAGUAAGAAGGAGGCCCAUGACCAGGUGAGAGAAGUACCAGCAGAAAGACGCAGUGUGGCUGCGCAGGUUCCAAAUGACGGAGGAGGUCCUGGAGUCAGAGCAGGACCCUGUGGAGCAAGACCCCGAUGUGGACAAGGACCUGGCCCUUCUGUUUCACAGGCUAAUGAACCGCAGAGACAGUAGCUCAGAGACGGGGGAUGAUGACCGCCUCCUAACCCCACCCAUGCCUGAGCUCAUGACAAACUCUGAAAGCCUGUCAAGUGGCUCAGACCUGGAGGAAGAUGACAGAGUCCUCAGCAUCCCCAGGCACAAGCCCAGGCCAUACUUUGAAGGCCCCAUCAAGCUGCCUAGACCUGGAGGAAGAUGACAGAGUCCUCGGCAGCCCCAAGCACAUGCCCAGGCCAUACUUUGAAGGCCCAUCAAGCUGCCUAGACCUGGAGGAAGAUGACAGAGUCCUCAGCAGCCCCAGGCACAAGCCCAGGCCAUACUUUGAAGGCCUGUCAAGUGGCCCAGACCUGGAGACCAUAGUCCUGAUCUUCCAAAAGGAGGAGUUGCUUCCCGUAUGGUGGUAGGCCCCACUUCCAAGGCCAUGUCAGAUCUGGGUGUUUAAAGAAUGAGAAGGGGAUGAGCCCAUGAUUCAGGGACCAACUUCAAACAGCCCUCUUUAUUGUCAGAAACAUAUUGCAACUAUUGUGACAAACAGCCAAGUCCUAACCCAGCAUCUCCUUUAUGACUCACCACCACCAGAAAGGCUAUAGGUAUCUUCCAUUCCCUGAACCAAAAGUUCUUUGGCAACAGGGACUACACAUCCAGGUCAAUCACUUGGAGCCAUGUCACAAGCAUUUUCUGUUUAUCCUGAGCCACUCUUUCAUUCAUCCCAAUGGACUCUGGACCCCAGCUGUCCUUGGCUGUUUGGAGUGGAGACCUGGACCAUUUGUUCAAGGUACAGAAUUUAAGAACCCACUGAGCACCACUCACUGUACUUUAGGAUGAACGUAUGGCCAGAGCAAUAUUUUAUUUUAUUUUAUUUUAUUUAUUUAUUUAUUUAUUUAUUUAUUUAUUUUACAGUUGUUUGCACAACAUUUAUUGUA